AGUCUCAAAAAUUUUGGAUUUCUGGUGCCUCAUCUUCCAGAAUUUGAAGGAGAAUUGAAAGAUUUACUAUUUGAAAUUGACAAGUUGAUUGAGCGCAAGAAGUGUGAGUGGGAGAAUGAACUGAAAACCCUGGAACAAGAGUUACUGCAGAAAGUGAAGGAAAAUCAGACAUUACAAGAAGCUGUGUGCAUAAAGGAGCGCGAGUUAGCAAAGGCUUUCAGUCAACUGAACACGAUGAAGUCGAAACCGGAGCCGAAUGAGGUGGAAGAGAUCGAACAGCUGAAGUCAACCUUAGAGCGAAUAACUCGGGAUUACGACAGUCUACGAGAAAAAUAUCGCAAGCAAGUUAGGCUUCAAAAGGAACGGAGUGCUAGAACUAUGAAAAAAGUUGAGGAGGAUAACGUAUCCCUUCUCACAGAGCUCCAAAACCUGAGAGAGGAACAUAUCAUUCAAUUGGAGAUGCUCAAGCAACAACUAUCAGAGGAAAAAAAUAUGAGUGUUAACUUACGAGAUCGCUGCACACAACUUCAAUCCCAACUCAACGAUGCCAUGAUGGAUUUGGAUCGAGAGCGCAAAAGCGCACUCGAAGCCCAACUCACCUUUCUAAAUCGGCAAUCCGAAUUAGAGGCAUAUUUGAAAGCUGCCCAUUCUACAACCGAGUCGCAGGCUAAGGAGCUGCUGCAUGUCAAACAAGUCCUGACAGCCAACCAAGCCCAAAUUCGGCGCCUUUCGUCAGAAGCAUCUGCUAAGCAAUCGGAAUUGAUUGCUUCUAAGGCUGUGGUUAAAAAAUUAGAGACCGCAGUUGCUAAACACCUGGCGAUCGUUUCUGCUGAAUACCCCCAAAGUCCGAAGUCUGAUUCUCCUGGCAUUCCUUCUAAUUCGGGUUGCACACAAACCUCUGAUUUCGUUUGUUCCGGACAGUUGGAGGAAAAGCUGGUCAAACUUGAACGGCAGCUGAGCUCUGCACACAAGACGCUGAGGGAAAAGCUGCAGGACCGUUUGGAAGUGACCUGCCACACUGCAUCUGCCACCAUACAACGGUUAGUCAGUGUCAAAAAUCAGGCAAUGAGGCAAGUGGCCUCACUCGGUAUCGCUCUGGGUAAAACAAGCGAGGCAGUGAAUGUCGUAUAUGAACGAGUUAAUGAGAUGGACCAGACGUGUACGGAAAAGCUCCUAACGGUUAAAAAAAGACUCGAUCAACUAAAGGAGAAAGUAAUUCAGCUGAAUAACCUAAAAUCUGCUAAACGCUACGAUUCAACAUCAACGCAAACCGAAUCAUCAAUUCUUCUGACAGAGAAACCUACUCAGACUGACCCGAAUCUGACCACUCCCCCUCAGUGUUGGCCUGCUUCAAAAGUCCAGCACUCAGAAACNGACUGGAUGGCUUCGGUUCAGCAACUGCACAGCAAAAUUGAGGCCUUGACACAGGAGCGCGAUGACCUCCGUAUCCGACUAGAACACCAGAUUUCUUUCGUAGAAAGGCUUCAGAAGGAGAAUUUGGCACUGACCGAUGUACUUACUGGCGCUGAGAAUUUCAAUCGGACUCGAAUUUCUUGUGCUUCGCCAGCGAUUACUUUACCACAGUCCGGCUGUCCGGCGUAUAACCUCCCUAACCUAAAGAUGCUUCCUGGACAGCAGCAAAAUUCGGAGCUCCACUCUCUUCACAGCUCUGUGCAGUCGGUCACCAUCGAAAGCCCAGCCAUUACAGAACUCGAACCAAACAGGUCAUUUGACUUACCAACAAGCCCCAGCCUACCUGUUCCGUCAGAAGCUCAAAAUGACAAGUUUUUAUCAAGUGACACUGCACAGCAAUCUUUUGUACAAGUACCCCUGAGUCAUGACAAGUUUUCCCCAGCUACUACUUCAUCCCUGCAGGCGAAUUCGAGGAAACAUGUUCAACCGCAUCCUAAAAGAUCAACAUGCUCAUUGGUGGGUGACGAGCUUGCUCCACACACUGGCGAUCAUUUGGGCAUUCUCGAGGCUGAAUCGGACAUUCAUGGGCCGAACCGCUGUCGUUCAAGAGGAAGUUCCAUGUCAAUAAGCCCAUCGGAAUAUGGUGAUUUUCGACUACGCGAAGAACCCCAUCCUCGGCGUCCAUUGCGCAAACAUGAGAUCGGGCCAGCUUUCGAAUCGGCGUCGAAUGACCUCACCUCCCCUAAAAAAUGGGUGUCUCUCGAGACUGCGUCUCUUCGAACUGCGAAGCCUGUUCCACCUUCAUUUCAUUCUGUUUCUAACAGGAUCUCGACUACCCAUCAAACGGAUGCACAAAAGUCUGAUAUCGAUAAUCGGUCGCCGUCUCUUCCAUUACCUAACAAACCCACUACAGCACUGACAACGAGCAUUCAUGGUGGGCAGAAAGAUGCUAUGCGGCAAACAGCAGAUCAAAUUGAGCAGCAUCGGUUCAACCCACAGGCGUACUCCACAGCUUGCAAGAAAACGCUGACUUCUCGUGAGCCUCAUUGGUUACACUCUGAUCAAGAAGAUGAGGACACCAGUGUCUAUUGCCUUGCAAGUAAAUUCUUGGCAAGCGAGCAGCAGCAUUCUAUGUUGUUAGAGACUCGUAUCGACGCCCACAUAGAAGCAUUAAAGAAACAAAUUGGCCUUUGUUCUAGCUAACCUCUUCUCACGCUUUACCGGUUUCAUCUUAUCUACCGGUUAUCUAUGUCUGUAGCGUAAAGUUAGCUUGUCGCUUUUCCGGUCUAUUAUUUGCUGGAUAACUGAUUGAUAUAACAACGGUUUACGGUCUUGUACUAUUUCUUUUCCAUGUACAAAAUCUCCUAUGUAUACAUCAACAUGCUUGCAUUAAUUCGUCUGCACUGACCCAUCAUACUGACCCCUCUACAGUGAUAACAUUGUGUCUCUGCUGUGAUCAUUUGCUUUUGUCCAACCUGUCUAUUUCAGGAGGAUAAUACAUAUAUGUACUUUGGAC